AUGUCGACACGCGGUGCUCCUCCUCCAAACCUCCCCGCGAAGGUCGCGGCGAUCCCGCCCAAUCAAACCCUCUACGUCACAAAUCUGCCUUCCGCUAAGAUCCAAAAAGAGGAUCUACGAACCGCGCUUUACAUGCUCUUUUCUACCUAUGGCUCCGUGCUGGACGUCGUAGCGCUCAAGACAAUGAAGAUGCGUGGCCAGGCGCAUAUCGUUUAUAAGGACAUUCAAACAGCGACUAUGGCAAUGAGGGCACUCGAUGGCUUCGAGUUCUUGGGCCGCCCGAUGAAAAUCUCCUAUGCGAAAGGAAAGUCCCACAUUAUCGCCAAGCUUGACGGCACCUUCAAACCUCCAACAGCGGCUAAGGAAGUCGAAGUCACAGACUUGCAGCACAGCAUCUUCAAUGCGCCAGUACCGGGCCAGCCCGGCUCUGUAACAGCUCCUGCAAAAUCCAGCAGCCUUCCUCCCAAGCCGCCAGGUGGUGGCGACCAACCCAUGCCAGACGUUGGGGCUACUGAAACUCGUGGCGUCAAGAGGCCGAGAGAGGAGGAGCUCGAAGAGGAGAGUGACCAAGAUGUUGCCAUGGAGGAGGAGAGUGACGAGGAUUAA